UGUGAUUUGGGUGGUGGUCAUAGAGACUGCUGCCCCCGCGACAGAUAACAGAUAAGCAGAUGAAGAUGGAUGGACUUUAACGAGAUGAAUCCCAGACAUCGUGAUUGCAGGUUCUAAUGAUUGCACAGCAGGAACUGUAUGUUUUCAUGGCGUUUUCAAAGGUGGUCCAGCAGAGGGCAGCAUCACUGUGGUCAGUGGUCGGUGCUGCCUUACUUUAACUCUCCAGUUUCCAUUACAGGAACACAGAAGUUUUUACUCAUUUAAUUUUUGCUAAACAGUAAAAACAGCCCCUCCUGCAGGAGACUGUGGGAGCUACAGACUGUGUUUAAAAAACAGUGAAUUCCUAGAGAAGACGUUUUCAAUGUCUGAUGGAGGUCUGUCCACGUCCACUCUUUCUGUCCUCUCUGACUGUCCUCUGUCUUCAUGUCCUGCCCCAGUCUCUGUCCUCUCUGACUGUAAAUGUCCCUCUGUCCUUUGUGUCUCUCUUUGACUCCCUGUCUGUCCAGCUGUCACUCUGUCACCUUAGUCUGCGUCCUCUUCAUCACAUGUCCUCUCUUGCUGUCCCCCACUGUCCUUUAUCAGUUUGUUGAAUUUGUCUUUCUCUCUUUCUCGGACUGUCCUUGUCUUCACUGUCCUCUGUACCUGUGUCUGUCCUGUCCUUCCCUCCUGGAUCAUCUUCCUGACCUUUGUCUUUUUCAGCUCUGUCUCUGUCCUCGCCGUCCUCGAUUCCUGACUGUCCCUGCCUUUUUCUUUUGAAUGUCUCUGACUUCUGUCCACCACUUCUGUUCUCUGUCUCAUUCUGCCUGUGAACUUUAAUUUCUUUUCUUCCGUCUUCUAUGUCAUUUCCUGUGAUAAAGUAAAAAAAAAUAAAAAUAUUAAAAUGGUGGCCACAGCUCGAGGAGGCGGCGACUGAGUGCUGCAGAAAAUUAAGGGAGAACUUUGCUGCGUGAAUCCGGGGCCGGAGCUCGGUUGUCGGCUGCAGACGGAGCGGGACACCGGUGGUCUCCGGUAGUGGAGCGGAGACAAGAAGGGACAGAGGCGUCCCCCUGCUCCAGUGAAGAGGGCGGGGCUCCGGGUUCAUCUGUCUCCAUGGUUUCAUCAUGAGCAAGGAGACAGCGCUGGACCUCUGGUUCUGUGAGGAGUGUCAGGACCAUUUCCAGCAGGAGUGUCCCGCCCACGGUCCACCUGUGUUCCUGUUUGACACACCGACAGUUCCAGGGACGGCCAACAGGGCGGCGCUUACAGUUCCAGCGGGUCUGGAGGUCUUCACUGAGUCUGGUGAGGCAGACGUUCGCUGCAUCCAUGAAACCAUACCCAAGGGGGCGAUCUUUGGUCCGUAUGAGGGGGAGUUGGUGUCCAAAGAGUCUUCUGGAUUCUACUCCUGGAUGGUCGUGGAUGUAAACAACACGUAUCAGUCUAUAGAUGGCAGCGAUGAGACCAGAGCCAACUGGAUGAGGUUUGUGCGGACGUCCACAGAGGAGAACGACAGAAACCUAGCCGCGUUCCAACACGACAAACACAUCUACUUCAGAGUCACUCGGACGUUAACAGUGGGAGAAAAGCUGAGGGUCUGGUACAGCAGCGACUACAUCCAACAGCUCCACCGUGUGUCCCAGGAGAGCAUCGACCGCAACCUGGACACAGAUACGGGGAAAUUAGCAACACUUGAAAACACACACGGAGAUUCUUCAUCUCCCUGCCUGCAGUCGGCGCUUCAGGGCAAACCCUGGCCCAUCAAAGAACCCAGCCAUGAGUCCGAUGGUCAACCUGCAGCCAAGAAGAAGAAGAUCGACUUCAUCUUCAAGGACGUCCUGGAAGCCUCUCUAGGGGCCUCCAGCAAGUCCAACUCCCAGACUUCCAUCCAUCGCCAGUGCAGAGCAGCAAAACCUGGAACCGAAUUCAACGGGUCCAAAAACACUUCCAUCGUCCAGGACCUGAAGGUGGAAAACCAAGAGGAGGAGAAGGAACCCUCCACCUCCUUCUGCCCCAACUGUGUCAAACUGAAGAGAAGGAUCCAGGAGCUGGAGGACGAGCUUUCCCGUGUCAAAGGUGAACAGGCAGACGUGGUCGGUCCAUCAAUGUCAGGGGAGACCCAGAAUGACCACGACCCACCUCACCCUGAGCAAGGACCCAUCGAACAUGUUCAAGUGAUGGAGCCCCUGACCCCCACUGCACUGGUUCUGGAUGAAGACGACCAGGAGGUGGACUCGGCCGACGAGUCGAUUGCUGCGGACCAUGUGAUUUCUCCUGAAGACUCUCUGAAACUUUCAGCCAGCGGAGGGCGACGGAUCCGACGGUUCAAACAGGAAUGGCUGAAAAAAUUCUGGUUCCUUCGCUAUUCACCAACCCUGAAUGAGAUGUGGUGCCACGUCUGCCGCCAGUACACCGUCCAGUCGUCCAGAACCUCAGCCUUCAUCAUCGGCUCCAGGCAGUUCAAGAUCCACACCAUCAAGCUCCACAGUCAGAGCAACCUCCACAAGAAGUGUCUCCAACUGUACAAGCUCCGGAUGCACCCGGAGAAGACGGAGGAAAUGUGCAAGAACAUGUCGCUCCUCUUCAACACGGCGUACCACCUGGCUCUGGAGGGACGACCCUACUCCGACCUUCGUCCACUGGCAGAGCUGCUCAAGAAGUGUGAGCUUAAGGUGGUGGACCAGUACCUGAACGAAGGGGACUGUCAGGUCCUCAUCCACCACAUCUCCCGGACUUUGAAGGAAGACCUGGCUGAGAAGAUGCGUCUGUCUCCCUUCCUCAGCGUCAUCAUGGACGCACAAAAUAACAAUGUCUUCUCAGAUGUGGUGGCGAUAUACGUCCAGUUCCUGACCAAUGAGGGUUUACCCAACACUGAGUUCCUGUCCCUGCAGAGACUGUCCGCGGUCAGUGUGGAUGGAUAUCUGCAGGCCAUAGAUCGUGCCUUCGGCCUCCUGGGCCUCAGGUUUCAGGACUUGUUGGUGGUGGGUCUGGGGGUGGACGGCACCAACAUCUCAUCAGGGAUGAGGGCCAGUUUGUAUGUAGCUGUUCAGAAGAACUUUCCUUGGAUCCUUUUCCUUCCAGUCUUGAUUCAUCGGCCUCAUCUCGAAGUACUGAAUGCCAUCAGCGGGAAGGAGCUCUCAUGCCUGGAAGACCUGGAAAACAACCUUAAGCAACUUCUCAGUUUCUACCGCUACUCACCUCGCAUGAUGGCUGAGCUCCGAUCAACUGCUGCCACCCUGUCAGAGGAGACCGAGUUCCUCGGAGACAUCAGAGCUGUUGGAUGGGUCAUCGGAGAACCCAACGUUCUUAAUGCCCUCAUCAAAGAUUAUCUGGAGGUGGUGGCACAUCUGAAGGAGAUCAGCAGCCAGACCCAGAGAGCUGACGCUGCAGCCAUCGCCCUAACCCUCCUCCAGUUCCUCCUGGAUUAUCAGUCCGUGAAGCUCAUCUACUUCCUGCUGGACAUCACAGCUGUUCUUUCGCGAUUGGCCUUUGCCUUUCAGGGAGAGUACCUCCUGGUGGGGCAGGUGGAAGCCAGAAUUGAAGAGGCCAUUCAGGAGAUAGGUCAAAUGGUGGACCGUCCAGGUGAGUAUCUGCAGGAGUUUGAGGAAAACUUCCGUGAAAGUUUCAACGGAGUCGCUCUGAAGAACCUUCGAGUUGCUGAAUCAAAGUUCCAGUCCAUCCGCGAGAAGAUCUGCAACAAGAGCCGGGGAAUUCUCUCUCAGAGGUUGGACCAGCAGAGCCUUCGGUUUGUGAAAGCAUCCAAGAUCCUGGACCUGUCUACCUGGCCUCAGAACCAAGAGGAGCUCCAGACCUUUGGCCAGGAAGAAAUCCAGCUCAUGUUCAACCAUCUGGAAUUGAUCACUGCCUCAGGCCAGGCCAGAAGGUCUGUGGAGCUGGAGUGGCAGGACCUGAAGGCGGACUACUACAGCAUGAACGGGUUCAAGGAGGUCAUCGGUCACAUCUGCAGAUACAAGCACCGCUUCCCUCUGCUGAAACGAGCCGUCCAGGUCAUCAGGGUCUUACCUACGUCCACCACCUGCUGCGACAGAGGUCGAGGGUCACUGCAGAAGAUAUACAAGAACAACCGGUCCCGCCUGACGCUGGAGCAGAUCAACGACCUGCUGACGGUGGGGGUCAACGGACCGCCCAUCUCCAACUUUGACGCUAAACGAGCGUUGGACAGUUGGUUUGAGGAGAAGUCUGCGGGACGAUCGUCUCUGUCGGCUGAUGUGUUGAGCCGGAGGUCGAGUGCUGAAGGGAACAGCUUUACUAUAACGCCUAACAGUGACACCCUGUGGUAAAUGUUGGUGUCUACAUGAAUGUACUAGGACCAGUAGAGGAGGUUCAUGGUUUAUACCAGAAACUGACAUCCUGAACAAUGGUUGUAAAUACAGCUGGAAAACGACAGGUAUAUUUCAGGGUAUAGAUAGUACUGUACUGUACUGCAGUAGUACUGUAGUGACAACGGUGUGGACUGUGAGUGUCAUUGUAAUCUACAGCCUAAAACAUGGACCAUUGUUGUCGCUGACACCAGGAAACACCAGGAAACCAGACCAGUGAGAGCCACUUUGUCAAAGUCUCAGCCACGCAGGACUGGAGUUUGUGGAGAUCCUGGUCCAGGAAGACCACAGGAAGACUUUGGUUCUGCUGUUUUUUCCUUUGCUGUUCCUCAUGGGACAUCACAUGGGACAAACAGUUCCAACCGACAUAGAACUGUUCAAAGUGACUCACAGAAUCUCACCGUGGUCAAGUUCUCUCCUCGUCGGCAGCGUCUCGGUUCUGUAGAACGGUUCUUUCUUCAGUCAUUUCUUUAUUUUGGCCAAAAGAGGCAAAAUACAGAACCUUCCCUGGGGUCUAACAUGGUGUCCCCCCCUCACUCCCUCCCCUCCAUGUCCCCCUUUGACCUCCCUCACUGAAAACCUCAACACACUUAUGUAAAAACACUGAAUGUCCAAAAUCAGAACAAAUUUUAAAUUACUACGGUCGUACUUCCUCUGUUCUACUGCAGUAGUAGAGUCAAAAGGCGUGCUCUGGCGCCCCCUAUGGGAGGCAUGCGUUAAACUUUGAAAACCACUGGUGUAGCCUUAGCUAAGCUAAGCUAAUCUGUUUGACUGCAAAUAAAUGAUAAAUGAACAAGGACGUAUUUCUUCAAAUACUUCUUCAAAUACACCAGAUACUCUAAAGAAAAUACAAAACAACUAUAACACAUAUAUAUAUAUAUAUAUAUACAAAUAUAUAUAUAUAUAUAUAUACAGUAUAUACUGUAUGAAGAAGUGAAGAACAGUGACAAAUAAUUUAAUUCUUUAUGGAUUAUUCUGUCUAUAAUCUUUUUUUACCAACGGUCUGAUUUUAAAUCUGCAUGAAUGAAGUAUAUAAAAGAAAAGAAAAUAUAAAAUAUAGAUAUUUUUAAGACUGUGAGACACAUUUAAACUUGGUGAAAAUUUAAGGAAUAGUUUGACAUAAAAAUGAAAAAAAAAACAAAACCAAUUUAAAAUACACCUGCUUUUAUGGACAUACAGUGGUCCCUCGUUUAUCGCAUGAGUUCCAAGCCUUUAUGAACACUUUAGAAGGCAUUGUAGGGCGUGAAAUAUGGCAAAAAAAAUUACAAAACUUUCACAAAUCUGGUUUACCCGUACAUACAGGUUAUUUCUUGCAAUCCCCUGUACGUAAGUGUUACAAAAUGUCUUUUACUAUUUAUUUUCUUCAUAGGCUAAAAAAUGCAAAAUCAAGAAAAUAAGUAUUGGAAAUGUAAAAUUUUUAUAUAUCGCAAAAACCUGCGAUAGAUCAAAAAAAUACUAAAAUACACAAUACUAAAAUACAUUUAAAUUAUUAAAAACUGGGGCGCGACAGCUGAACGGCGAUACAGCGAGGGACGACUGUACUUGUGUUCAUCAUUUACUGUUAAGAUGCUAAGCUAUCAGCUAGUUUCAUAAAACGGGUGUUUUUGAAUGUCAACAGUUUAGCUCAGUUAGCUUUGGUUGGUUUGUUGUUUUUGGUUCGAGUUCCAGUUCUCCUGCUGAGUUUCUGCCGCGAUGCUGGUUCUUUGCAACCAGUUCUAUGCUAAGCUAAGCUAAGCUAUGUGUCAUUCUGUUUAGACUUCAUAUUUCCUGGAUAUUAUGCUAAGCUACAAAGUGUCAUCUUAAAAAGUAAAAUAUCGGAAUAAAGUCUUUUAUUUCUGAGGAAAA